AGCGAAACUACAAUUCCCGGAAGGCUGUUCGGGAACUUAACGCUGUCGUGGCGUUUCGGGGUUUCAGUGGGAAUGCCUAAAAGUGUGCCCCGUUUCCUCCUUGCUGCUGAUUGUGUGAACGGCGCUUUUCCGUGGUGCCCGUGAGUUUCAGGGGAAGGACUUAUCUCGCCCCUCCUGUGACGAAUAAAGAUGAGGAGGGCUGGGCUUGGUGAAGGAGCUGCUGGCAGCAAUUAUGGUUAUACCAAUAGCGGCUAUAGUGUAUAUGAGGAAGAAAAUGAAAAGUUAACAGAAAGUUUGCGUUCAAAAGUCACCACCAUAAAGUCUCUUACCAUUGAAAUUGGAACAGAAGUUAAGCAACAUAAUAAAUUACUAACUGAUAUGGACAAUGAUUUUGAUACAACAAGUGGAUUCCUUGGUGCAACAAUGGGCAGACUGAAAAUCCUCUCCAGAGGAAGCCAGACAAAACUGUUAUGCUACAUGAUGCUGUUCUCAUUGUUUGUUUUUUUCGUGAUUUAUUGGAUUAUUAAACUAAGGUGAUGCAGA